UCACUUUACUCUCGCAGUUAAAGUCUGUCACUCUACUGCUCCGGUUUCAGCUGUUCCUUCAGAAAUCAAACUCAGACCAAGAUGAUCUGGACCAUCCUGCUCCUCUUCAACGGGAUCCUCUUCUUUUACUUCAUGUCUAAUCGGACACGGUCAAAACGAGAGCCUCCAUUGGAUAAAGGUGUGAUUCCGUGGUUGGGACAUGCUCUAGACUUUGGAAAGGACGCUGCCAAGUUUUUAACAAGAAUGAAGCUGAAACAUGGUGACAUAUUUACGGUUCGUGUCGCUGGGCGCUAUGUUACCGUCCUACUGGACCCCCACUCGUAUGACUCCGUUCUUCAGGACACAACUUCUCUGGACUUCACACGUUAUGCACAGGUGCUGAUGGACAGGAUAUUUAAUCUGAGGCUUCCAAAUCACAAACCUGACUCGGAGAAGGCCAUAAUGAAAAGGCACUUCCACGGUGAAAGCCUCUCCUGCCUGAACCACAACAUGCAGAACCACCUACAAACUCUUCUGAUGUUUGAGACAACAGCCACCCAAAACCAGACAGACUGGAAACACGAUGGCCUGUUUGGCUUCUGCUACAGUCUUCUAUUUAGGGCUGGAUAUCUCACACUUUUUGGUGGAGAACAGAAUAACAAUUGCACAGAUGCUGCCAAAGUCUAUAAGGAAUAUCAAAAAUUUGACAGUCUGCUGAUCAAGAUGGCUCGCACCACAUUAAAGUCAGGAGAGAAGCAGACAGCCGGCUCAGUGAAGCAGAGGUUGUGGGAGCUGCUGGCUCAGGCUGGUCAGAGGGAGAACUCCAGUCUGUGGCUGCAUAGCUACAGGCAGCACCUGGAGCAGGAGGGAGCUGAUGAGGAAACUCAGAGAAAGGCCAUGCUGCUGCAGCUCUGGGCCACACAGGGUAACGUGGGCCCUGCUGCCUUCUGGCUCCUGGCCUUCCUGCUGACCCAUCCUGAAGCCAUGAGAGCCGUGAGGAAAGAGUUUAACAGCAUCACACUGUCUGGGACCACCACACUCGACCCACAGAAGCACACACCUGUGUUUAACAGUGCCCUGGAGGAGACCCUUCGACUCACUGCUGCUCCGUUCAUCACUCGCGAGGUGCUGCAAAACAAGACUCUGCACAUGGCAGAUGGACAAGAGUAUGAUCUGAGGAGGGGUGAUCGUGUGUGCCUCUUUCCUUUCAUAAGCCCACAGAUGGACCCUGAAAUUCAUCACAAGCCUGAGCAAUUCAAGUAUGACCGGUUCCUUAAUGCAGAUGGAACGGCCAAAGAAGACUUCUUCAAAAGUGGGCGGAGACUGAAGUAUUACACCAUGCCAUGGGGAGCAGGAACCAAUGCUUGUGUGGGAAAACCAUUUGCUGUCCAGUCCAUCAGACAGUUUGUGUUUCUGGUUUUGUCUCAUCUGAACAUCGAGCUUAGUGACUCUGAAGCUCAGGUGCCAGCUGUGGAUGCCAGUCGCUACGGUUUUGGAAUGGUACAACCAAUCAAGGAGCUUCCAAUCCGGUAUAAACUCAGAGAGCGGUCCAAUCUCCAAUAACCAUCCAGUUAUUUUUAUAUAUUUGUGUGUAUAUAUUUAUGAAUAUUAUUUUUUUGUUAAUAAUCAAACAAAUGGUUUUUGUAAUGAAGUUAAUGAAUGUAUUUUGCUGAUGUCCUUUUAUGAACAUUUUUAAUAUUUAUUUUAAAGUAAAUAUUUCUGAAACACUGACUUUUUUGAUAUAUAAAUAAAUAUAGACGUUUUAACUA